CAGGUUUUACAGAGGAAGAUAUCCGGAAUAUCAGAACUCAAUUUCACCGACUACAUGGCACACCAUUUGAUGAAGGACCAACAGAAGAGGCACGGAAUUUGGAGGAACAGUGGAUGGAUAACACAGGAGAGACAUUACCAGACGGAACCAUUCAAGGAACCUAUAAGGAGAUGAUGUGGGGUCUUAUGCUCGGUUUCUUUUUAGGGAUAAUUUGUCUAUUUUGGUUUCGAGAAUCUGUUUUUUCAAGAAGACACCAAAUGGGUAUCAUUGCUGGUAUUUUAAUCAAUAUUUCAUUUGGCGUUUUACGUGUUUACUAUUAAAAACGUUGUCCCACCCUGACUUAUUAUUCGCUUUUUAAUCUUUUACACACAAUGUAUCUUAUUACCUUCAUAUCUUCUUGCUUGCUGAUACUCAGUUUUCUAAGCAUAUGUGUCAAAGUAUUACCAGAAUUACAUGCUUCUGUUCUAUCCUACGGAAAGCUGAAUUUACACAAUGACAAAAAACCAACAACAAUGUGGGCAACUCAAUUAUCAAAGCUAAUCGUACCAAAGCAUUACUUUAGCCAUUUUUAUGUCAUCGGCCUUGCAUUCGCUUUGCUCUCAGCUAUUGAAUUAACCUACUUACAAUUAUGUCACCAGCCCUUAAUGUUGAUAAGGGUUUUAAAAUAUGAUAAUAUGGAAGGAACACAACGUCUAGAUAAACAUGCCUGUAUUGUGGGUUUCAUCAUGAUGACUUUACAUUUAACAAGACGUGUAUAUGAAUCGUUCUGGAUUGAAAAGCCUAGUAAAACGGCAACUAUGCAUUUCUCCCAUUAUUUAAUAGGCCUUGGUUUUUAUGGUGCCAUGGUAUUUGGUACUUGGCUCGAGGGACUUUCCUCAUUAGGUAAACCUCAAGUAGAAACACACUUAUUUUCUACAAUGGUGGCCAUUAUUCUGUUUGUAUAUGCUUCUAUUCAUCAACACAAAUGCCAUGUCAUUUUGGCAUCCCUGCGAAAAGAUACUGACAGCGGAUAUACAAUCCCCAGAGGCGACUGGUUUGAAUGGCUCGUUACACCCCAUUAUUUCGCCGACAUACUAGUUUAUCUGUCACUCUGCAUACUUUAUCGUUUCCAAGGUCAUAUUCUAUUCUGUGGUUUGGUAUGGACUAUCACCAAUCUUUCAGUUGUAGCUAGCGAAACGAAAUUAUGGUACCAGGUCCACUUUCCAACCGAAAAAUACAAUUUAGCCUUCCCUAACGGUCGUUGGAACAUCAUACCAGGAUGUUAUUAAAUAAACGUUUACAUGUACUUUUAAUUGUUUUUUUAUUGUACAAAAAGGGGUGUAUGUGGGUUGUGUGGUCGAUGCUUCUAUUUGGCCUUGGUAAAACGGUAAGUGAAACGCUUUCUGGUGAAGGCAAAUUCUCCC